AUGCGACAUCUGUACUUUCGCUCAGCUGUGAUACGUGAAAGCUAUUCGAAAGUGUUUGGGUUAGAGUCACACAACAGUGCUGAUGACUUGGUGAAGCUGGCAAGGAAGGUAAUCAAUGAGUUGGACGAUUGUUACACCAAUAGCUUCUCUGAUCUGAACCAAAUGCUAUCCAAAUGCUUCGACUUCGCGAGACUAUUUGUUGGAUUAUGUGGAAAAAGGACUGAACACAGAAUCACAGUGGACAACAAUACCAAAGCAUUCUCCGAGCUUGGGGCAAAUGAGUUUUGUGAUGGUGUGUCACCUACGUCUCACAGAUGACACACAUAUGCAACAAGAAUUUGGAGAUAGGCGUUCCAAUAAAGCGCUCAUGUCCAUCGUCUGGGGUUGUAUGUUUCCCACAUACUUCUGCCAAUUCUUCAAAAAGAUCAUCAUCAAAAGAUAAAAGAGAUUUCUCUUUGAAAGACCUGGUUGUCUCAGGUGUGACCAUGAAAAAGGUCCUGGAGGGCACCAGACAACACUUUACGCUUUCAGAGGUCUUCGAAGUAGAGUUGAGCAAUGGCGAGAAGAUGGAAGUCCUUUUUGAUGAAGAAAUUGUUAUUAAAGGGGUGGGGGUACAUGUUGUGCACCUUCAAAAAAUCAGAAAAAUUGAAAGUGCUUAAAAUAAUCAUUAAGUAUCAAAAAUAUGUUUAAAACUCAUCAUAAUAGGCCUUUUUUCUGUGUUGGUGUAUUACUCAGGUGAAUAUGAUGCUUGUGAUGUUAAUACUCUGAGUGUAUAUCGACACCGGGCAAGCUUGAGAAAAUGCCUGUUUACACUUUUUUCUGGUAAAACUAUGCCUUUUUAUGAAGGACAUCGAAAUUCUGAAUCCUGUCGCCAUGGAAACGAGAUUUUUACGCACUUUGUUUUGUCCUUUUCUCCCUUUGGUUUUGAAUAUUUUGGAAGAAAUUUGAAUAAACUUGAUCGGUCACCACAGAGGGAGUUAUGAGUUUAAGGCCUGGUUACUUAGCAAUUUUGUCAUCAUUUUCACUUAAGGUAGUACUGGAGUCUCAAGUCGACUCUUCCAAUCGUAACAGUUUUUGGUCGGUUGGAAGAUAUAGUAACAACAAACUUUCAUGCCAAGUUUUAACUCGCUGCGUCUUGUACGAAACAAGAUUUCGACCAUCAAACUUUCGUAUGGAAUGGCAAAUGUUCGCGCCAAAUCAGGACAUUAAGGCUGAAAGACAAUGUAUUUGCGUUUGCUCUCCUACAGCGAGUUUUGACAGAAUUUUACACCUUCGAUUGGUGUUGUGAUUUGAUACCCCAAACUCAUGUGGGUAUUUCGCACUUUUCCAGUUGUCCUUGCGCUUGAAGAACAUGGCUGGUAAGUAAUAGUUGAGACAGAUAACUGUAGUCUUGCUUUUGUGAUUGCCCAGAAGAAAGAACAUGAUGAUAAUUGACCGUUAUUUCUUAUAUUUAGAAUCAAUCAAAGCAACUACAGUGAGCGGCACAGGCAAACCCAAAAGGGAUUCAAUGCGCCAUCUGGAAGAAGCGGUGCAAUCAGCAACGUGAGUGUUUUUAUUUUUAUAUCUUUAUGAUUUAGAAUAUUCUAGUAAUAAGUAUGCUGUUUUUUAUACAGCGGCGAAGGAAUACCAGGGGCCUUAGAACAUCUGCUCACAUAUCGGUGCAAAGAGAGCGAUAUGGAAAGGAGGCGCUUCGUGUACCGAAGCAUGUUUACCUUCUUGUCGGUAAGUAAUGAAAUAACCGUUCUGCGGUUGUAAUAUGUCUAAUAUAAUCGUUUGGAAGAAAAGGAAUCUACUGUAGACAUUUUUUUGCCCUUGGGUUUUGUUCUUUGCCAUUGUAAGGGGUAAGGCAGGAUUGUUUGAAAGCCAAAGGCAAAGCGAGCACGUGGUGAGAGCUGGUAUGUGCGGUAUUGUGAUUUGCACUUUACUCGACUUGAUAUAAAAGCAAUCUGCUACUUCUAUUUUUCAGAGAGAACGAGCGGUGGGUAACGGUGCCUCGCUGGUCUACCCUCAAGAGAUCCUUGAUGCUGUUAGGGCACUUUACCCUGACGGUAUCAAGGACUACCCGCCAAGGGCAGGGAAGGUAAGCAUUAGAAUAACGAUAGUUUCUCGUAUAUAGACAUAUAUGUGUAGGUAUGUGUGCUUAUGUGUAUGUAUGGCUGUGUGUAUGUGUCUCUGUUUGUUUGUCUGUCAGUAUGUGUAUCUGUAUGUCUGCCUCAUUGUGUGUGUGUGUGUGUCUGUCUCAUUGUAUGUAUGUGUAGUAUGCAUGUAUAGUAUUUGUAGUAUCUAUCAGUAUGUAUGUGUGUGUGUGUGUGUGGAUAAUAUAUAAUGAUUGUGUAUCAUUCAUUCUGCAGAGAAAAAGAUUGUACGAGGUCACCCUUGAGGAAUUAGCUCAGGAGUACCGCACCCUGAAGAGGCCACCAAGCCCUGAAUAUUAA